AUGAGCUCCAGUACGCCCACAGAACCGCAGGGAGUGCCCGCGGUCAAAGCGGCUCCUUCAGCGCUCUCCAAGGCGAGGCCGUUCAUUGUAGGAGGCCUCUCCGGCUGUAUCGCUACUUGCUGCAUUCAGCCGGUAGACAUGGUCAAGGUUCGGUUGCAACUGGUUGGGGAAGGAGGCGCGAAGGCAUCGACAAGUCCAAUUCAGGUUCUCAGAAAUGUCCUUAAAAAUGAAGGCGUUCUCGCUCUCUACAAGGGGCUAGACGCCGGCAUCAUCCGUCAGCUGACAUACUCUACCGCCCGACUUGGGUUGUUCCGAGUCUUCAGCGACAGGCUGAAGGAGAUGUCAAGGAGCGCAGACCCUACAGCGCCGCCUCCGCCUCUACCUCUUUGGAAAAAGGCAGCAGCUGGCUUGGCGGCAGGAGGAGUUGCCGCUGCCUUUGGAAACCCUGCAGACCUUUCGCUGAUCCGCAUGCAGGCUGACGCAACUCUCCCGCCUGAGGCCCGGCGCAACUAUACUGGCGUAUUGAAUGCCGUUUCACGGAUUGUCAAGGAAGAAGGCGUUCUAGGCCUCUGGAGAGGCAGCUUCCCCACCGUCCUGCGCGCCAUGUCGCUGAAUAUGGGAAUGCUCGCGACAAACGACCAGUGCAAGGAGAUGCUUGCACCCACCUUGGGUAACGGAUGGACGACGACCCUGACAGCCAGUGCUAUCUCGGGUUUCUUCGCAGUGACAUUUUCACUUCCAUUCGACUUUCUAAAGACGCGGUUGCAGAAAAUGCGCCCCGAUCCGGUAACGGGAGAGUUACCCUAUAAAGGUGUGCUGGACGCAGCAGUGAAGAUCACUCGGACCGAGGGUAUUACCGCGUUUUACACAGGUUACCCUACGUAUUACAUUCGCAGUAACGGGGAGUCUACGGACACCCACAAGAAACUGUGUAUGACCGUUAAGACAUUCGACUUGCCCUUUGUUCUUCUCGCUGCGUAG